UUGAGCUGCCCAGGUCUGCAGCUAAUAGGCUAGUGCAUCUUAAGAGGACUUCAGAGAAACAUACUGUACAGGUCUGUGCGGCUUUCCUUCUCUCCGUCUCAAAAUCCUGUAUAUCUGAGAGAUACAAAGUAAUGGAGAGAGAACCACAGAAAAUCCGGGAAGGGUAUCUCGUUAAAAAGAGCAGUGUCUUCAACUCCUGGAAGGCGAUGUGGGUGGUACUGUUAGAGGACUGUUUGGAGUUCUAUAAGAAGAAAACAGACAAAAGCCCUAAAGGAAUGAUCCCUCUGAAAGAUGGAUCUGUCUCUAGUUCAGUCCAAGAUUUCGGUAAAAGGAUGUUUGUGUUUAAAUUCAGCACAGUAAAGCAGCAAGAUCAUUUUUUUCAAGCCACUCAUCUUGAAGAAAGAGAUGCAUGGGUGCGAGACAUCAAAAGGGCAUUGCAGUGUAUACAGGGUGGCCAGAAAUUUACAAGAAAAUCCACCAGAAGAUCAAUUCGAUUGCCAGAAAAUGUCAACCUAGGUGCUUUGUAUCUCCGAAUGAAAGAUCCAGAUACUGGAAUAAAAGAAAUGAAGAUUGAAAAAGACAAAAAGAUCUACAAUUGCUGUUUUAAUGGCACCUGUGUCAUUGAUUGGCUGGUGUCUAAUAACACUGUACGCAAUCGACAAGAGGGAGCAAUGCUAUCAUCUGCCAUUUUGAAUGAGGGUUAUCUGCAGCCUGCUGGGGAUUUAUCCAAAAAUGGUGCUGAAGGAUUGGCAGAAACGACUUUUCUUGAUGACCCAGAAGCUUAUUAUUAUUUUUCUGACAGUGGGUUUUACUGUGAAGGAAAUUCCAGUGAUGAUGACGUGAUCCUUAAGGAGGAGUUUCGUGGAGCAGUAGUGAAACAGGGAUGUCUUCUGAAGCAGGGUCAUCGUCGUAAAAACUGGAAAGUCCGAAAAUUUGUUCUGAGAGAUGAUCCUGCAUAUUUGCACUACUUUGAUCCAAGUGGGGGAGAAGAACCCCUUGGAGCAAUUCACCUGCGAAGCUGUGUAGUAACUGCAGUAGAUGAUGUGCCUGAAGCUAGGAAAUACGAUGUGGAAGGUAACCUGUUUGAAAUCAUUACGUCAGAUGAAGUUCAUUAUUACCUCCAAGCAGCUACAUCAGCAGAACGUACAGAGUGGAUCAAAGCUAUUCAGAUAGUUGCUAAGACUGGAAAGUAGAUUCCACUACUAACAGCAAAUUUCAGAACCGAAUUUUCACUGAAAGCAUAAAUAGAUAUUUCUUAUUUGUUACUUUUAUUCAUAAACCUUCAUCUUUCACAGAUUCACUAAUUUACAUGUAGGAACCGGAUGACAUUGUAAAGGCAUGGUUAAUAACUUCUAUUUUAUUUUAUUUGCACUUUGAAACUUGUUGUUAUUGUUGUUCUGAUCAGAAUUCUUAUUAAAGUUUCUAAAGCCCCACA